AUGUCUGACGAGGGAGAAGAAAGCGACAGCGGCGAGAGAGCGCAUUUCUCCGAGACUCCCUCCCCGCCUCUGUCCGUUGGUCCUCCUGGAGGAUCUCCUUCCCCUCCGCGGCCCCUAGACUUCUGCUCCUCCACCUCUCCGUUGCUUGGGGAUCCGGAGACGCCUUACCUCGCCUCACCGGAGCGCCUUUGCACGUCUCCAGAGCGCACCAUACCCGGGGACUCCCCACACUUGACCCCGCCAAAGUUACACCACCUCUCCGGGGAUGCCGGUUCCCCAUUCCGCCGGCGGGGAGACGCGCGGCUAGUGGCGGUGGACGGUCUGUACGAUGAGCCGCUUCCCAAGCGCAGGGGACGAGAUGCGGCGCUCGCUGAUCGCUCUCAGCACCGCGGACAGCGACUCCGCCGCACACCAGAGCUCUCGGAUUAUGGGAACCACUACUCGGACCAGCUAGACAGUGAGCUCAACUCUGAAGCCCGGCAUCAGCAAACGGUAGACGUCAUGCAUCGGCGCCACACCACAUUGAGGGAGAAGGGGCGCCGGCAGGCAGUCCGGGGCCCUGCCUACAUGUUCAAUGAGCGUGGCUCAGCUCUCACUGCAGAGGAAGAACGUUUCCUGGAUGCUGCUGAGUAUGGAAACAUCCCUGUGGUCCGCAAAAUGCUGGAGGAAUCCAAGACCUUGAACUUCAACUGUGUGGACUACAUGGGUCAGAAUGCAUUACAGCUGGCAGUGGGCAAUGAACAUCUGGAAGUGACUGAGCUGCUGCUCAAGAAAGAGGGUCUGGCUAGAAUCGGCGACGGCCUGCUAUUGGCUAUCUCCAAGGGUUACGUGCGCAUCGUGGAAGCCAUCCUGGCCCACCCUGCUUUCCGUGGAGGUCUCCGGCUGGCUUUGAGCCCCCUGGAGCAGGAGAUGCGUGAUGAUGACUUCUAUGCAUAUGACGAGGACGGGACACGCUUCUCUCAUGAUGUGACGCCGGUCAUCCUGGCCGCCCACUGCCAGGAGUAUGAGAUUGUCCACAUUCUUCUGAGCAAGGGAGCACGCAUCGAGAGGCCCCAUGACUACUUCUGUAAGUGUGCAGAAUGUGUGGAGAAACAGAAGAAGGACUCAUUCAGUCACUCACGCUCCAGGAUGAAUGCCUAUAAAGGCCUGGCCAGUGCAGCUUACCUGUCACUCAGCAGUGAAGACCCUGUACUCACCGCACUGGAGCUCAGCAAUGAACUGGCAAGACUGGCUAACAUUGAGACAGAGUUCAAGAAUGACUACCGGAAGCUCUCCAUGCAGUGUAAAGACUUUGUGGUGGGGGUGCUGGAUCUUUGUCGGGACACGGAGGAGGUGGAGGCCAUACUGAACGGAGAUGUGGACAAGUGCCCCCCCAGCCCCUACAACCGACCCUGCCUCAGCCGCGUCAAGCUGGCCAUCAAAUACGAAGUCAAAAAGUUCGUUGCCCAUCCAAACUGCCAGCAGCAGCUGCUGACUAUCUGGUAUGAGAACCUUUCAGGCUUGAGGCAGCAGUCCAUAGGGGUCAAAUGCUGGACUGUGCUGGGGGUCACUGUGGGCCUGCCCUUCCUGGCCAUCGCUUACUGGAUCAUGCCCUGCAGCAAGCUCGGUCAGAUCCUUCGAAGUCCUUUCAUGAAGUUUGUGGCUCACGCCGUCUCCUUCACCAUCUUCCUGGGUCUGCUGGUCAUCAACGCCUCUGACCGCUUUGAGGGUGUCAAGAAUCUGCCCAACGAGACCAUCACAGAUCACCCGCGGCAAGUGUUCAGGGUCAAGACCACCCAGUUCUCAUGGACGGAGAUGCUGAUCAUGAAGUGGGUGCUGGGUAUGAUCUGGUCAGAGUGUAAGGAGAUCUGGAGUGAUGGGCCCAGGGAGUACAUCAUGCACCUGUGGAACGUUUUGGAUUUUGGGAUGCUGUCCAUUUUUGUGGCAUCCUUCACUGCACGCUUCAUGGCCUUCCUCAAAGCAUCCAAAGCCCAGCAGUAUGUAGACAUGCACGUACCAGAUGAAGACCUCAGCAAUGCCUCACUGCCUGAUGACGUGGCCUACUUCACUUACGCAAGGAACAAGUGGCGCCCAUCAGACCCCCAGAUUAUCUCAGAAGGCCUCUAUGCCAUUGCCGUGGUGCUGAGUUUUUCACGCAUCGCCUACAUCCUGCCGGCAAAUGAAAGCUUCGGCCCCCUGCAGAUCUCUCUGGGGCGCACGGUCAAGGACAUCUUCAAGUUCAUGGUCAUCUUCAUCAUGGUGUUUGUGGCGUUCAUGAUAGGCAUGUUCAACCUGUACUCCUACUACCUGGGAGCCAAGUACAACCCCGCCUUCACCACGGUGGAGGAGAGCUUUAAGACUUUGUUCUGGUCCAUUUUUGGGCUGUCUGAGGUGAUCUCAGUGGUGCUGAAGUACGACCAUAAGUUCAUAGAGAACAUCGGCUACGUGCUGUAUGGGGUCUACAACGUCACCAUGGUGGUAGUCCUCCUCAACAUGCUCAUAGCCAUGAUCAACAGCUCAUACCAGGAGAUAGAGGAGGAUGCCGAUGUGGAGUGGAAGUUUGCUCGGGCCAAGUUAUGGCUAUCCUAUUUUGACGAGGGCCGUACGCUGCCUGCUCCCUUCAACCUGGUGCCCAGCCCCAAGUCCUUCUACUACCUGGCCCUCCGCAUCAAGUCUUGUUUGAUACGCCUCUGCAAGGCCAACGGCCAUCACCACAACAAUGAGCUGGAGAUGGGCAUGCUCAACUCACGCCCCAUAGGUGAACGCUUCAGGUCGUACCCACAAGCGGGAGAUGAGUUCAUCCCCAGAAAACCUAUAAAACACCCAACCAGAUACCAGAAGAUCAUGAAGCGUCUGAUUAAGCGCUAUGUGCUUAAGGCUCAGGUGGACCGAGAGAAUGAUGAGGUCAAUGAAGGUGAGCUCAAGGAGAUCAAGCAGGACAUCUCCAGUCUCCGCUAUGAACUUCUGGAGGAGAAGUCCCAGGCCACUGGAGAGUUGGCUCAGCUCAUCCAGCAACUCAGCGACAAGUUUGGCAAGAACACCAAGAGACACUGA